AUUUAUACUUCAAAAGACAACGACGAGUUUCUUUGCAUGGUCAUUACUCUUGGGACGUGUUCAUGGAGAAACAUAACUACUACAACGGCUGAAAUCUCACCACCACCUGGUUCUUCACCUUUUCCUAGUCGAAUGGUAACUAGAGUUUCAAGAUCAUUUUUCAGACCAGCCACCUUUUGCGGGGGUGAUCUUCUUUGGAGAACGACUAGUGAAGUCGGUAAUAAUCAUAAGAUUGAAAUGCUGCUCUCAUUUGACCUCCAUAACGAGAAGAUUCAGUUCAUUCGACUCCCGGCUGAAUCUACUCCGACCACCACAAUGAGUGAGCGUCACUAUCUAGUAGUCGAUCAUCUUCUGGAGUUUAAGGGAUAUCCUUGCAUUGCACGGUCCGAGAAGAUAAUGAUAAGCAACAGUGAUCACAGCGGUCAUCGUUGUGACUAUCAGAGUAAUCUCAAUUGUUGUUGUUGUUGCAAGGUUCAUAUGUAUAUAUUGAAGGACAAGGUCAAGCAAGUAUGGAUCAGGGAGGAGACUUUCGAUGUUCAGAUUAAGGAUCAGGAAGGUUUACUGCCAGCUCCUCUCUGUAGUUACUUCGACACUGGUGCUGUAACACCUCCUACACGCUUAUUGACUCUCUCCGAUCAGGUGUUAUUGUACUGGUUUAAUGGGGAAUGUCUUAUACUUUACAAUUUGCUGGAGAAAUAUCUCAAGGUGGUAAAAUGCUCCCAUUCCUAUCCCGAGGUUUUUCGAGCUCAGAUGAAUGAAACACUAGCCCGUUGUAUUGGUGAUGAUAAUAAUAUUUAUUGCCCGUACACGGAUUAUCAGCUGCACGCUCAAGUGGAGAACCUAGUUUCUAUGAAAACCUUCAUUCCUAAAGGAGCUAAAACUAGUAAAUAUGAUAGUUUUGAAGAUUUUCAACAUGCUAUCAAGGGAAACCCACCGGCAGGAUGCGUGGAUAUGGGAAGAGAAUCAUUGAAUUGUUAUGCUUUCCGCGAGGACAAAGAGGUUGAUGAUGAGGUCAGCGAUAAUGUUGAAGGUCACCGCAGUGAAAGUUGUAGGUCAAAGCAGUGUAGAAGCAAGAAGAUGAGUGGGAAGGCAAAGCGAACUCUUAAUGCCAAGAAGAGCAAGAAGGUACAGUCAACCGGUUCUGAAUCUUCUGAGUUGAUAAGUGCAUGCCAAUCUAUGAUUGAUAUUAUUACAAGUAAUUAUGUCUCGGAUCCUGUCCCAGUAGAAAAAUGGAUGGCAGUACUUAAAGAGGUGCCAGACUUGGACGUAGAUUUGAAAUUAGACGCUGUUGAUUUUCUUGAAGGUGAUCCAGUUGUUGCACAAACUUUUGUAGCCGUAAGUCCAGAUUUACGGAAGAGAUGGUUGACCAGGAAACUUAGAGGUAACUGAUUGGGAAAUAGGAAUUUGUUCAUGCAGUGUCAAACAUGGCCAACAUCAAUUGUCUGAGCAAGACAGUUUCCAAGGGGAAUACGAUCAAUAGCCUUGGCUGGGUAGGUAGACGUGUUACAUAGUCAUGUUGGUUCAAGGCCUGUUAUGUGCUUCUAUUGCUGUGGUAUGUGAUAUGACUAGAUCUCGUUUAAUUUACUUCAAUGUUGAAGAACUUGUUGUCGCAAGGAUGCAAAAUAAUUCAAAUGGAUUUUGAACAAGUUUUGUUUCCAUGUCAAUUAUAUGUAAGAUAAAAGGUUAAGCUACAAUUCCUCUAACGGA